UGUAGGCAUUGACCCAAACGAUUGUAUAUUCCCCAUAGCCUUCGGUUUGUGUGAAGUAGAGUGUACUAGCAGUUGGGAAUGGUUCUUGGCAUCUUUGAAGGGUGAUCUUAAUAUAUGCAACUCAUCAUCCUACACAAUCAUGAGUGACAAGCAAAAGGGUCUAAUAAAUGCUGUGCAGAAGGUAUUCCCACAUGCAGAACACAGAUUUUGUGUUAGGCAUCUAUACCAAAAUUUCCACAAAGUGCAUAAGGGUGAGCAGUUGAAGAAUGAUCUUUGGUCGAUAGCAAGAUCCACCAAUGACAUUGCAUAUCAGAAGAAUAUGGACCAGAUAAAGUCACAUAGUGAGGCUGCAUACAAAUGGGUUGAGAAACAGGCACCGAGAACAUGGAUAAAGGCCUUUUUUAACCCAUUCCCCAAGUGUGAUAUAUUGCUUAACAACAUGUCAGAGGUAUUCAACAGUUACAUACUUGAGGCAAGAGAACUACCAGUUGUGUCAGCAUUGGACAACAUGCACAUCAAGUUAACCAACAGAAUUGUUAGCAAGCAAAGAGAGUCAGACAAGUGGACAGGGAGACUUUGUCCAAAGAUCCAGAAGAAGUUGGACAAGUUUGUCGAGUGGGCAGCUAAUUGUAUGGUCCAAGAAGCUGGUAAAGGGGUUUUCCAAGUAAAAUCCUUUAACAACACAUACUUGGUGGAUCUCAACAUGAACAGUUGUGACUGUAAAAGAUGGGAGUUGUCUGGAAUACCAUGUCAUCAUGUUGUUGCAUGUGCUAGGCAUGAAAGAAUUGAGCCUGAAAGCUUGGUGCAUCCAUGCUAUACUGUUGAGAGCUACAAGAAGGCCUAUGCGUACAACAUAAUGCCACUGAGGGACAAAGGUCACUGGGAAAAAAUGCAUGGAAUUGACGUGUACCCACCACUGUACACUAAAGUGAUGGGAAGGCCCAAAAAAACAAGAAAGAAAGAUCCAGAAGAGAAGAAAGACAAGAAUGGGGGGAUAAAGCUUACCAAGGCAGGGUCUACCAUGCACUGCUCUAUAUGUAAAGCACCUAAUCAUAACAAGAAAGGUCACCACAAGCAUGUUAAUGACAUUCAAAAUGAGCAGGCAGCAAAACAAGUAGAGGAAGAUUUUGAUGACCCUGGCAUUGUUGCUAACAUAAUGCCACAUACUGUGAGGCCAUUUCUUGAUCCAACACAAACUCCUGACUCUAUGGUUUUCAUGAUGCAGGAGCAGGAGAGGUUUGUAUAUCCACGUGUUAGAGACUUUGGUCCUCUACCAGAGUCAAAUUUCAUAGCAAAUGCUAGAGAAGAAAUUCCUCCUCCCAGAAUGACCACAGCAAUGACAAGGGGCAGGAUCAGAAGAGGUGGAACUGCUGCAUCUAGAGCAAGAGGUGGAAAUGCUGCAUCUGGGCACAAUGCAAGAGGAGGAGGAGCAUCAAAUGUUGCAAGAGGUGGAGGGCACAAUGCAAGAGGAGGAGCAUCAAAUGUUGCUGGAGGCGGAGGGCACAAUACAAGCGCAGGUGGAGGCCACAAUGCAAGAGGAGGAGGAGGGCACAAUGCUAGAGGAGGGAAUAUUGCAAGAGGAGGUGGAGGCCACAAUGCUAGAGGAGGAGGGAAUGUUGCAAGAGGAGGAGGAGGCCACAAUGCUACAGGAGCAAAUGUGGCUAGAGGAGCAAGAGCUGCAGCUCCUGGCUUCUACAACCUCCGUUUUGGAGAUGAUGGAUCUAGUAGAACUUGGACUGAAGCAGCAAAUUUCAUGCAGGCCGAGGAAGAAGUUCUGAUCACUCAAAAUGCACCUGAUGAUGAAUGGCCUCAUGAUUUCCUAUCCCAGUGAUGCACAAAUUCAAAACAUGAAAUUCAUGAAUGAAAUUGGCCUGAACUUGGUCUGAACCCAUUAGUUAUCUUUUGCAUGUACUGAACUUGGCCCGAAGCCUUUCGUUUACAAGUAUAUGUACUGAACUUAAUUUGAAGUGAUAUGUACUGUGAUCGUGUUA